AUGUCGCCAACAUCACCAGUGACAAGGCUGCUGUGCCCUGUCACACGGCAGCAAGGCCUCAGUUACGGAGCCGUCGUCUUCAGAGCCUUUGUGCUGGGCUGGUCAGAGAAUUUGGCUGCGCUCGGGCGCAACAUGAUCUCACCAUCAGUUGCCAGUCUUCCUGGACUGCCUGGACUGGAUGGCUUGGAUGGACUAAAGGGUCAAAAAGGUUCCGCAGGAGCUCCAGGUCAAAGUGAAACAGGGCCCCCAGGGUACUCAGGAGAACCUGGACCAAAAGGAGACAGAGGUGAUCGUGGAUGGCCUGGUAUUUCUAUUCCGGGGCCCCCUGGAGAAAGGGGAUUCCCAGGAUUCCCAGGUAGAAGAGGACCUGUUGGACCCACUGGACCUAUGGGAAGAUCUCCAGAUAGUGCUUCUCCUGGUCCUCCAGGUGAUCAAGGACCACCUGGUUUAGAUGGCAUCAGAGGUCAGCCUGGGAAUCCUGGUCCUCCUGGAGAAAUUCUCUUUGUGCGAGGAGAUCCAGGCGAUCCCGGUGUUCGAGGGGCAGCAGGUAAUCCUGGGCAGCGAGGGCCACAAGGAGCCAGAGGUCAUCCAGGGAACCCAGGAAGAGGAGGCCCAAAGGGUCCUAUGGGAAUCCAUGGCCCACAGGGUCCACCCGGUGCUAGAGGACAACCAGGAGACCAAGGUUUUGAAGGAAAACCUGGUCCCAAAGGUCCCACAGGUGACCCUGGUGAACCAGGAAAAAUAGAUGAUUCAUGCCCUGCAAUCCCAGGGCCUCCUGGGGACGCAGGGCAAAGAGGAGAAGAUGGCUCUGCAGGAUUACCAGGGCCAAUAGGCCACCCUGGACCCCAAGGAAGAAAAGGUGAAGAAGGGUCGUGUGGCCUGCCGGGUCAAGACGGCUUACCUGGGGCCCCUGGACCACCGGGUGACCAAGGGAAUAUGGGGGAGCAAGGAUACACUGGGCCACAAGGUCCACCUGGCCAGACUGGUGUCCCAGGACCACCAGGCCCCCAUAUUAGAUCCGCGAGUGGAUUCUUGCUCGUCCUUCACAGUCAGUCGGACAGAGAACCACUCUGUCCACAGGGGAUGCCAAAAUUAUGGACCGGCUAUAGUCUGCUGUACCUGGAAGGACAAGAGAAGGCUCAUAAUCAAGAUCUUGGUCUGGCAGGGUCUUGUCUUCCCGUGUUCAAUACCAUGCCCUUUGCUUACUGCAAUAUCAACCAAGUGUGUUACUACGCCAGCCGAAACGAUAAGUCCUACUGGCUGUCCAGCGCCGCUCCCUUACCGAUGACGCCGCUCCUGGAAGAAGAAAUACAACCCUAUAUAAGCAGAUGUGCUGUGUGCGAGGCCCCAGCCCAAGCAGUGGCGGUUCACAGCCAAGACCAGUCAAUCCCUCCCUGCCCAGUGAACUGGAGAAGCCUUUGGAUAGGAUACUCCUUUCUGAUGCACACUGGAUCUGGUGAUCAGGGUGGUGGACAGUCUCUUAUGUCACCUGGAAGUUGCCUAGAAGACUUCAGAUCAGCACCCUUCAUUGAAUGCCAGGGUCAGCGGGGAACAUGUCAGUUUUUUGCUAAUGAGUACAGUUUCUGGCUCACAACAGUGGUGCCUGAACUGCAGUUUGCAUCCGCUCCCCUGUCAGGAACUCUCAAAGAAGGACAAGAGCAGAGAAAGAAGAUCAGUAGAUGCCAGGUGUGCCUGAGGCAUGGCUAG